AAAUGAAGAAAAAUGUUUAGAGAAGCGCGAAUGGAACUGUGAAAAAGUGUCAAACUUUUUUUUUUCUUUCUUUGAUUUACGACAGAGAAUCGAAGAAGAAGGAGAUGAAGAAAUCGGGUGGUGCAGAGAAGAAGAGGGUUCGGAGGUCGUCGGCGGCUGUCCAAAAUGGUGGCAGAGAUCCAAACUCUGACACCCCUCCUAGGAAACAAGCUGCGAAAAAGGAUGUGUAUCAGUUAUUUUCGGAGAAAGUGAGGGACCACAAGGAUUUGGUAUCUAGAUGGGCUGUUUUACAGGAGACCCGAGUGGAGUACUUUAGAGGGAAAGAUUUUGGUGGGUUUUUGAGGAAUCAUCCUGAGCUUAAAGAUAUUCUGGAAUCAGAUAAGAAUGCUGAGCCUGAAGAUAUUGGCAAUGCUUUAUUGAGAAAGAAUCUUCUUGUGCGUUGUGAUCGAGUCGUCAAAACUCUUCGUCCUGGCAAGAAGAAAUUGUCUACCUGGCCUGCCCACUUGGAGAUCUUCCCUGACCAAGUAUUUUCUGAAAAUGAUGCUUUCUUCGCCUGGACAUUCGUUAAAAGGCGGCCUCUUUGGCAGACACUGCUCUCGUUUUUCUGGCCUGUGUUGACUCUGGCAAUUUGCUUGUUUCCUAUAUACCCCCAUCGGUGCAAGUUAAUAAUACUAUACUCGUGUGCAGGGCUCCUUCUGCUUUUCAUGUCACUGCUCUUUUUGAGGGCUACAGCAUUUGGUCUUUUGUAUAUCGUUAUUGGAAAACGUGUUUGGUUCUUCCCCAACAUUCUUGCCGAAGAAGCAACAUUGCGAGAAUUAUUCCGUUUCUGUCCUAAGAAAGAUGAAGAGGAACGACCGAAGUGGACAACAAGGCUUUUCUACGCUCUAGCAGGGGUUCUUGUCAUAUUGCUGCUGAGGCACCAUGCACCUGAUGAGGCUGCUAGGGCCAGGUAUCAAAAACGGGUGUCAAACAUUAUUGAUGAUGUUCUUGAGUGGUCUCCAACAUUGGCUCUAUCUGGGAUGAUGGAUAAGCAGCCAACUAUGGUUAACGACACUGAGCCUGAUAGUAGUUUUGCAGGUAAGAGCCAAACAAACCCGGAAGGGGCAGCUCCCGUUGAUGAAACGGGUGCUGGCUCGGCCUCUGAGCAACACGAGGCAGAAGUUACUGAUAACAAAGAGGACACAGAACAACAUAAACAUCACGAGGAUAUGUGAUUAUAGACUUUCAACCUUAGCGGACUAUAGACCUCAUUUUCUGUCUUAAAUAUCGAGUGUAAACCAUGUAGCAGACGAUGAAGAUAAUCCAGUUUAUAAAUCCAUGUUUCUUUUUA